CCAUUUGCAGCCUCAGCUGUCAAUCACCGGGUCCUGGCCGGUGAUUACUCACCGGCAACCGGUGAUCACCGAGUAUUCCAACGGGGGAGAGAGCUGUAUGUAAACAAUACAGUUCUCUCCCCUGUCAGCUCCUACACACUGCUUUGUAUGACUCUGCAUAGCAGAGCCAGUGGAAAGCACACACAGCACAUAAUGUGAAACAGUACACAGCACACAGUUAACCCUCUGAUCGCCCCAGAUGUUAACUCCUUCCUGCCCAGUGCCAUUAGUACAGUGUCAGUGCUUUUUAUUAGCACUGAUCAUUAUAUUGGUGUCACUGGGGAUGUCAGUGACACCAAGUCAGCUCCUCCCAGUAUCAGAAUGCCAGCCACAGUCCUGCAGUCCCACUAUAAGUCGCUGA